AUGAUGCACUCGGCGCUGCAGAUCCGGUUUGGAGGGACCAAGGGGAUGGUGAGUCUCGACACGCGGCUCGAGGGGCGGAGGCUGCGGCUGCGGCCGUCGCAGAUCAAAUUUGCGUCUGACGAGUGCUCCCUCGAGGUGAACGAGGUGGCUCGCUGCCUGCCAGGCCACCUCAACCGCGAGGUCAUCAUGCUACUAGGCGUGCCCGACCACACGCUGCUCACCUUCUUCCAGCGCGAGGCGCAGCGCGCGGCAAACACCGCCAUCGAGGACGGAGAGCGCGCGCCGCACGAGGCCGCGCUGCUGGAGCAUUCCAGCCCCGAGCCGGGGGGCGCGGCGGCGGACCCGCACUUGCGCGCGAUCGUGCUGGCCGUCCGGUUGCACCGGCUCGAGCUGCUUCGCUCAAAGUGCCACCUGCCGGUCGAGAACAGCCGCCUCGCCCACGGCGUGCUCGACGAGCGGGGCGUGCUGCGGGAGAACCAGAUGUUCCUUCGCGAGCGAUACCGCAUCCCGGGCACCAGCGAGUACUACUCCCGUGUGAUCACCGGCCGUGCCUUCUUCGUCCGCAACCCGUGCUUGCACGCCGGCGAUAUCCGCCUCGUUGAUCUCGUCGAAUUGCCGGAGCUGAUGGAGGCCGAGCUGCUCAACGCCGGGGAGCGGCCUCUCUCGGACCAGAGCGCGGGCGGCGACUUGGACGGCGACAAGUACUUGGUCUGCUGGGACGCGGACAUCGCGGCGGCGCGGCAGGAGAGGGAGGCGGGCAGGCUGAAGCACGCGACUGCGCGAGUGAGCACGGAGGAGAAGGUCGAGUGGUUCAUACGGUACCAGCGCAAGCAGAACUUGGGCCGGAUCGCCAACGCGCACAAGGCGCGAGCUGACCGCGCGCUGACGCACCCCCGGGUGAGGGGCCCGGCGGGCCGGCCUCUGAUCGGCGCGGACGACCCGAUCUGCCUGCGGCUUGCCCAGAUGGCAACCGCUGCAGUCGACACGGCCAAGAACGGCCGGUUUGUGCCGCUGCCGCGCGCGCUCGAGGCGCCCCUGUACCCUCACUGGAUGGAGCGGCGCGCCGACCGCAGCUACAAGUCCACGUCCGUGCUCGGCGAGAUGUACGACCGCGCGACCGACCUGCUGCAGAACUUGUUCGCGCCGGGGCGGUGCGAGCAGGCGCUGUGUGACGGGCGGUGCGGCGAGGUUCUGUGCGACGCGAAGCUGCUGUACAGCACGGACUGGCUCUCGUACUCCGAGUGCGAGCAGGCGAUGGAGGAGUACAACCGCGAGCUGCUGCUGCUGAUGGCGGAGCAUGGCGUGCGCGAGGCGGAGGCGCUGACGAGCCGGGCGGUCAAGAUGCACGUGCAGCGGCUCUCGGACGCCGCGAAGGCCUCCGUCCGCCUCUGCGUGGCGUCGGCGUGGUACUACGUCACCUACAACCCGGCGGGCAGCAACGUGAUCGACGGCGAGCCGGCUGCGGCGCCGCCUCCCUCCCUCCCUGCGGCAGCAGGGGCGGAGGGCUCGCUCGCGGGCAGCAGGGGCGAGCGAGUCAUGCGCGAGUUCAACAGGAUGAUGCGGAGGCUCAACGCGCUCGACCCAGCUCUGGCCGGCAGCAGGCUCGAUAAUUGCGAGCGAAUCAACCACCUCUGUGACCAUCGCGGCAUCAUCACCACCAACACAAGGGCAUUGGCGCACAAGCUGAGGAAGUGGAGAAACUUGGCAAAGGGGGCGGCGCAGUCCGAAGCGGAGGUGGCGGCGUGGGAGAGGGAGGGCCCAACGUGCGAGGAGGCGAUCGACCAGGUGGUGGUGGCAGUCGAGGCCGAGCUUUCGCGCCUGUGCGCGGAUUCGGACAUCUUGUGGUAA